UACUUGCUAGAAACAUAAAACUAAAAUCCACACAGUCCCCUAUCUAGUUCAGAGACAAGGGAUAGAAAUUGUGUUAGUUGUUUGUUAAAUGCUGUAAUAUGAGUCUCUGCAGAGCACACAGGAAGCAGGUGAAUGAUGCUGUAUGAGAGUCUUAUGUAUUCAGACUAAAGAUUUGAUGAAAUGCUCCUAUUAUGAUUCUGAAAUCCAUGAAGCAGGGAAGGUGGUUACCUGAUCCUCCGCUCUGUCUGAACCUCAUUGUUGCAGCUUUUCAUAUCUCAAUAUUCAGCCUUCCUGUACAGGUAACUUAAGGGGAAAGAGCAAUGGGACAAGAAUCAGGAUUCAGAAACAGAAAUGGGCAAUAAACAAACCAUUUUCACUCCAGAGCAGCUGGAUGCAUAUCAGGACUGCACAUUCUUUACAAGGAAAGAAAUUCUGAGACUGUUUUACAGAUACCGAGACCUGGCCCCACAGCUGGUCCCACUCAGCUACAUAGAUAAACCAGAUGUGAAGCUUCCCUAUGAACUCAUUGGCAGCAUGGCAGAGCUGAAGGACAAUCCAUUCCGUCAACGGAUAGCAGAAGUUUUCUCAGAGGAUGGAGAGGGCAACAUGACUUUAGAUGACUUUUUGGACAUGUUUUCAGUCCUGAGUGAAAUGGCUCCCAGAGACCUCAAAGCUUAUUAUGCCUUUAAAAUUUAUGAUUUUAACAAUGAUGAUUACAUAUGCAAAUCAGACUUGGAGAAAACUGUUAACAAACUGACCCGAAAUGAACUUACCCCAGAGGAGGUUUGUCUUGUAUGUGAUAAGGUGAUUGAUGAAGCUGAUCAAGACAAUGAUGGCAGACUCUCUGUGGAAGAUUUUCAGCACAUGAUAGUACGAGCUCCUGAUUUCCUCAGUACAUUUCACAUUCGAAUCUGAAUCUGGUGAAAGAGAGAGAGAGAGAUGAGAGCUGCAUCUUGAGUCUGCAAUGUCAUUAUCAUCUGCUUUCAGAAUUACUUUGCUUGGGGUUACUGUUCAUAUGAAAGAGAGAAAUAAAGAGGACCAAAUAAGGAUUUUCAGACACUGAAGAGCAAGUUGGAAAAGUCUUGUUUUGUCUCGUUUAAAUCUUUAGAAGAUACAAAGGGAAAUCCUGAUGAACUGUAAUUUAGCAGAAGUGGUUUUUUUGCCAAUAAAAUAUUUUUUAAAAAGUCUUGUUUUGAUUUACAGCCUGAGCAGAUCUGAUCUGUAAUGCGGUAAUGGAGUAUACAUGUAGCACAACAUGCUGUCAUUUUCAGAAUAAACUAUUUUUUGUAGUUCAGAGAGAGCCAGGCCCUAAAAAGAACUUACAAAAAAUAUACAGC